AGAGGUGCCAGCCCUGGUCCUUCACCCCGACGUCAACGCCCCCCAACCCCCGCCCGGCUGCAGGUGGCCACCUGGUCCCCAUGGCGUCACCGUCCUGCCCGGCCCUCCUGGCUACCUGCCUGGCGCUGCAGCUGGCCACAGCCCGGGGUGACGGAUGCAGCGGUUUUGGGAACCUCUUCACGGAGAUCACGGAGAACAGCGCCCACGGGAGCCUGGUGGCCCGGCUGCCACCGGCGGGGGACACGGGCAGCGGUGGCCUCCAGCUCUGCCUGACCGGUGCAGAUGCCACCUGGUUCUACCUGGACGGUCGCAGCGUCAGGCUCAACGUCUCGGCCGGCCGGGCCCUGGACCGUGAGGAGCUGGAGUCCCCAGUGCUGAUGGUGGCCCUGACGUGCGCCGAGGACGGCUUCUCCCCGGUCGAGUACCGGAUCAUCGUCCAGGUCCUCAACGAGAAUGACAACCGGCCCCACUUCCAAGGAGCCACCGUCCUGACCCACAACAUCAGCGAGCUGGCGGCCGUGCACUCGGUGGUGUUCAGCGCCCAGGCGGAGGACGCCGACGGGGACACCCUCAUGUACGUCAUCGACACGGCCUCGCCCGACGCCAGGUUCUUCCGCAUCGACCUGCCCAACAGCGGGAAGGUGGUGUUGGCCCGAGCCCUGGACUUCGAGAGCCGGCAGCAGCUGGAGGUGGUGGUCACCGCCGUGGAGAUGAACACCAAGGAGCGGUUCAACGCCUCGGCCCGGGUGCGGGUGAACGUGCUGGACGGGGACGACCAGUACCCCCAGUUCCUGCCCUGCACCCCCCGCACCCACCAGGGCCUCACCGUCUGCACCAGCCCCGUCUACACCGCCAACGUCACCGAGGGGCAGCUCCAGGGGGGUCCCCUGAGCUUCAGCCCCGGGUCCGUCUACGCCGAGGAUGGGGACAGGGGGUUGAGGGCGGCCAUCACCUACUCCCUGCUGGCAGGUAGGGAUGGGGACACGGGGACACGG